AUGAAACCAUCACUGAACGCCGCUUAUCGUUCCUGGGCGAAUCUAUCAGACCUUGAAUUACCUAAACUGCGACUUACUACCCAUUUGAUAAAAUCACUCAAAAACCACACCCAAGCAGUCCAAAGUAAGAACCGGAUGAUAAUCCCACACGCACCCUUUAACCAGUCCACCUUUACGAAACUUCUCGACACUUCUUUGCCAACGCGUGGUUUUGGUUUUUCUGCCCUUCUCUUUACGCAGUUCAGUCAUCUCAUUGAUGUGGAGCACUGUAACUGCAUCAUCAGAAGAUAUACAGAUUCUGGAAAGCAUUUGUAUUCAGUUUUCGUGUAUACCCAGAUGCACAGACUCGACAUUCGACCCAAUAACUCAACUUUUCCGAGCGUUCUCAAGUCUGCAGCUCAAAUUUGUUACGGGAGGUUUGGGGAAUCGGUACAUUGCAGUGUAACCACAAUGGGUUUUGGUUCGGAUUUGUAUGCCAGCACUUCUCUUGUGCACAUGUACUGUGUUUGCGGACAACCCAGCCUAGCUCGCAUGUUGUUCGAUGAAAUGCCUCAAAGAAAUGUUGUUUCUUGGAAUUCUUUGAUUUCUGGUUAUUUGCAUUGUGGGAAGUUCAGGGAGGCAAUUCAUGUCUUUCGAGAAAUGCAGGGUAGUGAAAUUGAGCCAGGCGAGAUGACUAUGGCUAGUGUUUUGUCAGCUUGUGCUCAUCUGGGGGCUUUGGAUCAAGGGAAGUCAGUUCAUGAUUACAUAAUCAAUAAAGGUUUGAUGUUGAAUGUUUAUGUUGGCACUGCACUUAUUGACAUGUAUGCUAAAUGUGGUGACAUUGAUGAGGGUGAGAGGGUUUUCGAGGCAAUGCAGGCGAAAAAUGUGCAAACGUGGAAUGUUUUGAUCUCGGGAUAUGCCAUGAAUGGACGAGGUGAGGCUGCGCUGCUCACUUUCAACAGGAUGAUCGUGGAAAAUUUCAAGCCUGAUGUGGUCACUUUCUUGGGAGUUUUGUGUGCUUGUUGUCACCAAGGCCAAAGAUUGAGCAUUAUGGGUGCAUGGUUGAUCUACUUGGCCGUGGUGGAUUCUUGGAUGACGCUAUNCAUGUACUGUGUUUGCGGACAACCCAGCCUAGCUCGCAUGUUGUUCGAUGAAAUGCCUCAAAGAAAUGUUGUUUCUUGGAAUUCUUUGAUUUCUGGUUAUUUGCAUUGUGGGAAGUUCAGGGAGGCAAUUCAUGUCUUUCGAGAAAUGCAGGGUAGUGAAAUUGAGCCAGGCGAGAUGACUAUGGCUAGUGUUUUGUCAGCUUGUGCUCAUCUGGGGGCUUUGGAUCAAGGGAAGUCAGUUCAUGAUUACAUAAUCAAUAAAGGUUUGAUGUUGAAUGUUUAUGUUGGCACUGCACUUAUUGACAUGUAUGCUAAAUGUGGUGACAUUGAUGAGGGUGAGAGGGUUUUCGAGGCAAUGCAGGCGAAAAAUGUGCAAACGUGGAAUGUUUUGAUCUCGGGAUAUGCCAUGAAUGGACGAGGUGAGGCUGCGCUGCUCACUUUCAACAGGAUGAUCGUGGAAAAUUUCAAGCCUGAUGUGGUCACUUUCUUGGGAGUUUUGUGUGCUUGUUGUCACCAAGGGUUUGUUGAAGAAGGAAGGAAGCUUUUCUCAAGAAUGAGAAACGAAUUUGGUUUGCAGCCAAAGAUUGAGCAUUAUGGGUGCAUGGUUGAUCUACUUGGCCGUGGUGGAUUCUUGGAUGACGCUAUGGAGAUGAUUCGUUCUAUGAAUCUGAAGCCGGACCCUGUUAUAUGGAGGGCACUACUUGUAGCUUGCAGAUUUCAUGGACGUGCAGAGUUAGGUGAAUUCGCUUUCCAGAAACUCGUUGAGCUGGAACCCCGGAAUGCAGAUAAUUAUGUGUUGCUGUCAAAUGUUUAUGUUCAUGAUAAGAAGUGGGCGGAAGUUGGGGAAUUAAGGAAACUGAUGGAUAGGAGAGGAAUCAGAAAGGUCCCCGGUUGCAGCUCAAUCGAAAUCGAGAAUGUGAUGUAUGUGUUUAAGGCAUCAGAUUCAAUUGGACCGGGAUAUGUGGAUGUUCAUAAUAUGUUGGGUGAAAUGAAAGAAAAGUUGAAAUUUGCUGGGUAUGCAGCAGAAACAGGGAUGGUUUUGUACGAUGUUGAGGAAGAGGAAAAGGAGCAUAAUCUGAUAUAUCAUAGCGAGAAGCUUGCACUAGCAUUCGGGCUUCUGAAUUCAUCGAGUACGACUUUAAGGAUAAUGAAAAAUUUAAGGAUUUGCCAAGACUGCCAUCACUUCUUUAAGCUUGUUUCUGCAGUUUAUAGAAGGAACAUUAUUGUGAGAGACAGAUAUCGCUUUCACCAUUUUACUGGGGGUAUCUGUUCUUANGAGCAUUAUGGGUGCAUGGUUGAUCUACUUGGCCGUGGUGGAUUCUUGGAUGACGCUAUGGAGAUGAUUCGUUCUAUGAAUCUGAAGCCGGACCCUGUUAUAUGGAGGGCACUACUUGUAGCUUGCAGAUUUCAUGGACGUGCAGAGUUAGGUGAAUUCGCUUUCCAGAAACUCGUUGAGCUGGAACCCCGGAAUGCAGAUAAUUAUGUGUUGCUGUCAAAUGUUUAUGUUCAUGAUAAGAAGUGGGCGGAAGUUGGGGAAUUAAGGAAACUGAUGGAUAGGAGAGGAAUCAGAAAGGUCCCCGGUUGCAGCUCAAUCGAAAUCGAGAAUGUGAUGUAUGUGUUUAAGGCAUCAGAUUCAAUUGGACCGGGAUAUGUGGAUGUUCAUAAUAUGUUGGGUGAAAUGAAAGAAAAGUUGAAAUUUGCUGGGUAUGCAGCAGAAACAGGGAUGGUUUUGUACGAUGUUGAGGAAGAGGAAAAGGAGCAUAAUCUGAUAUAUCAUAGCGAGAAGCUUGCACUAGCAUUCGGGCUUCUGAAUUCAUCGAGUACGACUUUAAGGAUAAUGAAAAAUUUAAGGAUUUGCCAAGACUGCCAUCACUUCUUUAAGCUUGUUUCUGCAGUUUAUAGAAGGAACAUUAUUGUGAGAGACAGAUAUCGCUUUCACCAUUUUACUGGGGGUAUCUGUUCUUGUAAAGAUUAUUGGUAGUACGUUUAUGCUGGCUCCUUUGAGGCCUAUUCGGGAGAGGAUUAGCAGAAUUGCAGUGGUGGGGCUGUGUCAAUGUUCCAUAUAUGAGAGCUGUAACUAUUAUUUUCUAGGAUCAAUCAUUCAAUUUAUUCUCACUGUUAUGGAGUAGAUGCAGAAUUGGAAGUUACAUGGAAUUCCUGCAUUGAUGAGUAACUAACUGGACAUGAAGUUGUUGGAAAGUGAUACUGUGAUAGGUUAUGGCUUGAUGAACAGCUCUGGGACCUGGGGGAGAUCAUUUACUGCCUCAGCUAAAGUGAGCAUAAACUCGGGACCAACCAAGAUGGUUAAAGAUAUAAACUUAUAACCACAAGGUAACAAGUUCAAAUCCCAUCCAUCUUGGUUUGAGCCAGUUAGCUAUAGGCCACUUAGGUUAGUUUACUUUCUUGUAUUCUUUUGCCCGCUAAGGUUACAGGUGGUUUCCUCAAAUGUACAUUGUGUUUCAUUUCAUUUAGCUUACUCAAAAUCUUCCCUCACAUUCUUGAUAGUUGCAAGUAUAAUGUUGGAUACAAUUGUUAUACUAUGGACCAAUGUCUACCUUAUAUUGUGAA